AUGACUUCACUACUGUCUUGUAAUGGUGAUGCUUCUUCGAGGAUUCCGGCUGCUAGCUCUAGAUGGAACACUUCGUCAUUGAACAGUGAAAAGGAAGAAGCAACGUCUGGCUUGAACAAGAUGCCACCAUCAUCAGGUACUGCUGAAAAUGGUGAUGCUAAUUUACCACAGAAUUUGCUGUAUUAUCUGGAGAAGCAUGGCCAGUUCGAUACGCUGGAAUGCGCAACGAGCAUCGGUGAGGAUCAUCAGAAAAUCGUUGGUGCUGUAAAAAGCCUGCAAACCACCGAAGGGCUGGUAGAAACAGAAGAACGCACGUCAAAAAGUUUGGAAUUAACUGCAGAAGGUCGUGAAAUGGCUGAAAACGGCUCGCAUGAGGCGAAAGUUUUUCGAAUCGUUGGGCCAGAAGGAGCAGCACAGACCGAAAUAAUGAAAUUGCCAUUUGGGAAAGUGGGGAUAAGUAAAGCAAUUGCGUCUGGAUGGAUUGCUGUUGAUAAAUCAGGUGGCAUUGUUCGUUUAAUCCGAAAAACUGACGAAAUCGACGAUAAAGUACAGAGGGAACUACGCGUGAUCGCCGACAAAAACACGCAAAGUGCUGAUGUGAAAGUUGUGCAGGAAUUAAAGAAACGAAAAUUAAUAACAGAAAUAAGCAUCAAAAGUUAUUUGGUUCGAAAAGGACAAGCUUUCUCAACGGUACUUAGUAAACCGGAAGUUGACCUCACAGCUGAUAUGAUAAGCAGCGGUUCAUGGCGUACAAAAGCAUUCAAGAAGUAUAAUUUUGACGCAUUGGGUUUGAUGCCAGCUGGUGGACAUUUACAUCCACUGAUGAAAGUGAGAAGCGAAUUUCGGCAAAUUUUCUUUCAAAUGGGUUUCGUUGAAAUGCCUACGAAUCGGUAA